GGGGCGGGGUGCGGGUGACGGGAUAACGGGGCACUAGGUGAGCCGGACGUGGACGUUACACCGGAGCCAGGGGAUACGGAAACACCGGGCGUCUGACCUACACCGGGGGAAGGGUGGGCCGGGGAUCAGCGCUGACCGCAGGGGCUCGGGCUCCGUUUGAUGGAUCCUCGGAUCGCCUGGUUCCAGCCAGAGCAGCUCGGUCCCUCUCACAGCCUGUGGAUGCAGAUCUGGGAGACGACGCAAGGCCUGAGGAACCUGUACUUCAGCCGCAGCAGCCCGGCCUCCCCCGCACACAGCAGCAGCAGCAGCUCCAGCUCCUCCUCCGGCUGCGAGACCACCAUGUACCCGGCCACCGCCAACAGCAACCCCACGCCGCUGGCGGAGCAGGGCGACUACCUGUCCCUGGAGACCAGCAUCACCCAGCAGCCGCUCAACCAGAGCCCCGGGGGCUGGAGGAAGGGACCCGACCACUCCAACAGGAAUAAGAGGAAGCGGGACAACAAGGCCAGCACCUUCGGCCUGAACUACAGCCUGCUGCAGGCCUGCCCCGGGGACAGCGAGGCCGGGGGCUCGUACAGCGGCACCCCCUGGAAGAGCAGGAACUACAGCGACGAGGUGAUCGGUCUUCACGAAGAGAUUCUCGACUUCUACAAAUAUAUGUCGCCUCGGCCAGAAGAGGAGAAGAUGCGGAUGGAGGUUGUAAAUCGAAUUGAAAAUGUAAUUAAGGAGCUCUGGCCAAGUGCAGAUGUGCAAAUAUUUGGGAGUUUCAAAACGGGUCUUUAUUUGCCUACCAGCGACAUUGACCUUGUAGUUUUUGGGAAAUGGGAGAACUUGCCACUGUGGACCCUUGAGGAGGCGCUGCGGAAGCACAAGGUGGCUGACGAAAACUCUGUCAAAGUUCUUGACAAAGCUACAGUACCGAUCAUUAAGCUAACGGAUUCUUAUACCGAAGUUAAAGUAGACAUAAGUUUUAACGUGCAGAAUGGGGUGAAAGCAGCGCAGCUCAUCAGGGAUUUUAUCAAGAAAUAUCCAGUCCUUCCAUUCUUGGUGCUGGUUUUAAAACAGUUCCUGUUACAAAGAGACCUCAAUGAAGUGUUUACUGGGGGAAUAGGCUCCUAUAGUCUCUUCUUAAUGGCUGUCAGUUUUCUGCAGUUGCAUCCACGAGAAGAUGCCUGCAGUCCGGAUGCCAACUAUGGUGUAUUACUGAUAGAAUUCUUUGAGCUAUAUGGGAGGCAUUUUAACUAUUUAAAAACUGGAAUCCGCAUAAAAGAUGGUGGGUCUUAUGUAGCUAAGGAUGAGGUACAGAAAAGCAUGCUAGACGGUUACAGACCAUCCAUGCUGUACAUUGAGGAUCCAUUGCAGCCCGGCAACGAUGUAGGCCGGAGUUCAUAUGGAGCCAUGCAGGUGAAACAGGCCUUUGAUUAUGCUUAUGUUGUCUUAAGCCAUGCAGUGUCGCCUAUAGCCAAGUUCUAUCCCAACAACGAGAGUGAAAGCAUCUUGGGACGUAUUAUUCGAGUGACUGAGGAAGUGGUUGCUUACAGAGAGUGGAUAUCAACAAAAUGGGGACUGCAGAAUAGAUCGGAGCCAGCUUACAAUGGCAAUGAUGUGACCUUGAUAGUAGACGUUCAUCAUUUGGACAAAUGUAAUAACAAUGUGACUGGACAGAUUUCUACUUCGGGCCAAGCCAAGAAUACAACCUCUGAAACACUCGGCAAACACUCCUCCAACUCAUCGGGUCCUCUGUCUUCCUCCUCUUCCAGCCUUUCCAGUUCCAGUGAUGUGAAGAAAGUCAUUAAACGUCUGUGCAUUCAGGACUCAGACGGAACCCCCUUCAAGACGUCGAAGCAGCCGGGUUGUCGGCAAACCAGCGACAGUCGAAUGGGCCCUCUGGAAUCUUGCACCAGCUCCUCGCAAUCCAGCACCAAACUACAAGCUAACCAGAGCAUCAGCUCCUCAAACAACAGCAACAAAGUCCAGCACGGUGCAACCAGGCUAUUCCGUUCCUCCACAUCCAGCAAAGGUUUCCAGACUCAUCCUAACAUAAGCCAAGGCACAUCUGUGCCAAGCAGGCACAUUCAGAUCGGCAAAGCACAGCACCAGCACUACCACAACAAAAAACGCAAGCACAAGCGGGAAACAGACCUGUGCAGAUAGCUGGUCUCGACCAGACUUCAUGCUUCCGCCUUUACUGGGCCAUGGCAUAAUUAAAUGGCAACAAACUGCUUCACAACUCCCGAAGCUUCAAAAAUCUUUUGAAACUCGUGUUUUUUUUGUUUUUUACUUUUUUGUUUUCCCAGCUGACCACGGAAAUGGAUCAUGAUUUUCAACAUGAAAAGAGAAAAAAAAAAAAUCUCAAAGAAAACAAAAUACUAAAAAAAACUAAAAAAAAAAAAAAAAAAACUUUACAAAAAAAAAACCUGGCUGCUGAUUUUGGUAAAAUAUAGGGAGGUAAAAAGAAUAAAAAUAUUUGCACUUCUUUAUCAGCACCACUGUGCUGGUUUAUAGGACUAAUACCCAGUGUUAUGGGGUGGAAAUGGGAAAGAACCCAGACGUUAAAUAUCUGACAGGGGUGCAAUGUGCGGAAACCCCAGCAUUUCUUGGGAACUUUAUUUCUGCAUGAUGGUUUUUUUUUUUUUUUUUUUUAUCAUAUUGAAUAUUCUACCAUUUUAUUGUGCAUACUACAGUAUAUGAAAUUGCACUUUUGUAAUGGUGCAUAUGCUUUUUACAUAAAACUUGCAAAGAAAAUCGGACUAGAUUAUGAGAAUAUCGCCAUGUCCACCUGCAUUGAAAUUGAGUUGGUUCUGGGCUCCUUGAAGGGAAAGUUUGUACCCACUGUUGCCAUUUUUGUCAUUUAUUUAUUUAUUUUUUAUAUAUAUAUAAAUAACAAUUAUUAGAAGGCAAGUGGCCUUCUCUGAAAA